AUGGCACUGAAAACAACUGAAUUACAAGGUGUCUUACCACACUCAAGUUAUGUGCAAGACCGUGGUACAUCUACUACCUUGGCAGAUAAUCUUUCUUUAAAGGACAAUAAUUCUAAAAAUGCCAAGAAAAAUCUUAAUUUUGUAAAACGUGUAAGAAGAUUUAUGAAGCUUCAUUGUAAUAAAUCUCGAAUAAUCCUUCUCAUAAUUUUUCUUAUAACAAUUUCUGCCAUAAUAACAAUCGUCUUAAUUCUAAAUAAAAAUCCUUUUGUAUUAAUAAGACCUCUUUGUAAAUCUCAAUUCGGUAUGUCAUCCCUUAAUCAAACAUUUAAUGCCUUAGCUAAAUUAGAAACAAAUCAAGUCGAUGAUAGUUUAAUCUCGUACAAUUAUGUAGAUUCUUCUGGUUUUACAGGAAAAUAUAGAUUUGGUGAAAUAAUGUUGAGUAAUUUAAAUUAUUAUAAAACAAAUUUUACUCAAAAUGGAACCGAUAUUAAAAAUUUUUGGAAUGGAAGUUGGACUGGUAAAAAUGGUUGUAAUAGUUAUGAUGAUUUUUUAAAUAAUAAGUUGAAUGUUCAAGAACGUGCUAUUAGAGAAGCUUUUCAAUUUAAUUUACUUAAAAUUACUCAAUUAUUAUCUUCUCCUCCUUAUAAUCAAUCUUUAUCUUUUUUUUUAGACAACCCUUUUAAAUUUUCUUCGGGUUGUAAUUUUCAAUCUGAUGGUUUAAGUGUUUCUAAUGUUACUUUGGCUGGUAUUUUGGCCUCGGCUUAUUUAAUUGAUCCUGAUGAGGUUGGUAAAGCUUUGGUUAAUAGUGUAGCCCCUUGUGAUAAUAGAACUUCAACUAGUUUAAUAAGAUAUUUUAUGGACUUUACUGGUUGUGAUUUUAGUUCUGAUAAUGUUAAUGAAGCCGUAUCUUCUUUUGACAAUGUAACCAAUGUAUCCAAUGUAUCUAGUAUAUCGUAA